GGCGAACCUCCCUCGGAGGAGCCGGAGAGCGGACGGGCCGCCGUCGAGGGAGAGGAGGAACGGCCGGGGUCAUGGCCGCUCUACAACCGACAAACGUGAGCUGGCGGGAGGAGGCCAAUAAGCGCUCCCAUCGCACCUCCAAGUUCUACAGCUCCGAACUGAUCGUGCGGAGGGGCCAGCCCUUCGUCAUCGCCCUCGGCCUCAACCGGGCCGUGGCGGCCGGCGAGACCCUCACCUUCACCGCCGUCACAGGCCCCAGCCCUUCGGAGUCGGCCAGGACGAAGGCGGUGUUCCAGCUGUCCGGCCCGGUGGCCCGAGGAGGGUGGUCGGCGGUGCCGGAGGCCAGAGACGGCAGCGGGCUGACCAUCGCCGUCACCAGCCCCGCCAACUCCCCCAUCGGCCAGUACAAGCUCAGCGUCCAGAUCUCCUCCCGGGGCAAGGUCUCCUCCACGGUCCUCGGGACGUUCAUACAGCUCUUCAACCCCUGGCUACAAGCGGACGCCGUGUUUCUGAACAGCGAGGCGGAGCGGGAGGAGUACGUCCUCAGAGACGCCGGCAUCAUCUACGUGGGCAGCGUCAACCGCAUCGGCAUGGUGGGCUGGAACUACGGUCAGUUCGAAGACGACGUACUGAACAUCUGCCUGUCCAUCCUGGAUCGGAGCCUCAACUACCAGCGGGACCCCACCACCGACGUGGCCCGGCGCAACGACCCCAAGUACAUCGGGCGGGUGCUGAGCGCCAUGGUGAACGGGAACGACGACGCCGGGGUCCUGGCCGGCAACUGGAGCGGGGAGUACACGGGGGGCCGAGACCCCCGAAACUGGAACGGCAGCGUGGAGAUCCUCAAGGAGUGGAAGAAGACCGGCUACAGGCCCGUCCGCUACGGCCAGUGCUGGGUCUUCGCCGGGGCCCUCAACACCGUGCUCCGCUGCUUGGGGAUCCCGGCCCGCGUGGUCACCAACUUCAACUCGGCUCACGACACCGACCGGAACCUGACGGUGGACGUCUACUACGACCCCACGGGGAACCCGCUGGACAGAGGAAGCGACAGCGUCUGGAACUUCCACGUGUGGAACGAGGCCUGGUUCCUCCGCACGGACCUAGGCCCCGCCUACGGUGGCUGGCAGGUGCUGGACGCCACCCCGCAGGAGCGGAGUCAGGGGAUUUUCCAGUGCGGGCCUUCGUCGGUGGCGGCCAUCCGGGCCGGGGAGGUGCAGCUGGACUUCGACGGGCCCUUCGUCUUCGCGGAGGUGAACGCCGACCGCGUCACCUGGGUCUACGACAGAUCCAACGGCACCCAGAGGCAGAACUGGCUGGACGCCUACUCCGUCGGCCGCUUCAUCAGCACCAAGGCCGUGGGCGUCAACGCCCGCCUCGACCUCACCGAGAGAUACAAGUUCCCCGAAGGUUCGGCCCAGGAGAGAGCCGUGUUCAAGAAGGCGCUGAGCCAACUCCGCCCGACCAUGGGGUUCAGCCCGACGGCCACCGAGGAGGCCGGCCGCGGCCAGGCGGCCCAGGUGUCCGGCAAGUUCAAGGUCAUCGGGUCCCUGGAGGUCGGCCAGGAGGUCAACGUGGUGCUCCUCCUCCAGAACCUCACCCGCGACCUCAAGACGGUGACGGUCAACCGGACGGCCUGGACCAUCGUCUACAACGGGACGCUGGUUCGCGAGAUCUGGAGGGACUCCAUCACCGCCUCCCUGGAGCCUGAAGAAGAGAUCGAGCUGCCCAUCAAGCUCGCGUACGCGCAGUACGACGGGCACCUGACGGCCGACAACAUGAUCCGAGUGACGGCCGUGUGCCAGGUCACCGACGGCGGGGAGGUGGUGGUGGAGAGAGACGUCAUCCUCGACAACCCCACCAUCACCCUGGAGGUGCCGGACCACGCCAAGGUGAAGACCCCCAUGAACGUCCUGGUGCUGUUCGCCAACCCCCUGGCCGAGCCCGUGGAGAACUGCGUGCUCAUGGUGGAGGGCAGCGGUCUGAUGAGGGGAAACCUCAAGAUCGACGUGCCGUCCCUGCGGCCCAAGCAGCGGUCCCGGGUGCAGUUCGAGAUCGUGCCCAUCCGCAGCGGGGCCAACCAGCUCCUCAUCGACUUCUCCUGCAACAAGUUCCCCGCCAUCAAGGCCUUCGUCAACAUCAACGUCUCCGACUGAUCCCGCCCCCCGGCCCCCCGCCCCCGACGCCGACCCCCGGGACGGGCCCGCUCGCCGC